GAAGGAUACAGUUUCCUCUCAUCAAAAUUGAUCUAUCGUUCUCUCUGCUCCCCAGGCUCGCAGUCGUAGUAUACUGGUACGUCAGUCCGGGCGACAUGCUGAGGAUGCCAUAAGCGGCAACUGUUUCCCCAGACCGGUUCACCGCCUUGGCCAGCUUCCCUUCGCGGCUUUUCCCUAUCGGGGCGAAUCCACAACCGACUCACUUAUGAACUUCACCACCUGCUCGCAUCCUCCACCUUCCCCUACUACUCUUUUCUCCUCUCUUCCUUUGGUCUUCCUCUCGUAAUAGCGCUUACCGUCGGCCUCUAUUGCUUUUUAGCACGUCUCUUACUCUAUUCUUUUGAGUCUUUGCUCUUGCGGUCUUCAAUAGCUUUCUCCCAGCCCCAUAUUCUUGCCCACCAUGUCCGGUGAAGCCUGGCUCUAUCUGUUGGCGGUGUUGAUCAACGCCGUCAACUUGUUCCUUCAAGUCUUCUUCACGAUUAUGUACAGCGACUUGGAAUGCGACUACAUUAACCCGAUCGAUCUCUGCAACCGUCUCAACGCUUACAUUAUCCCCGAAGCUGCUGUUCAUGCAUUCCUUACCAUCCUCUUCGUCAUCAAUGGCUACUGGGUCGCUAUUGUACUUAACUUGCCUCUGUUGGCGUUCAAUGCCAAGAAGAUCUACGAGAACCAGCACUUGUUGGAUGCGACCGAGAUCUUCCGCAAGCUGAACGUGCACAAGAAGGAAUCCUUCAUCAAGCUGGGCUUCCACCUGAUCAUGUUCUUCUUCUACCUCUACAGCAUGAUCGUUGCUCUUAUCCGCGACGAGUCGCACUGAAUUCGCAACAAGGCGGACCACGCGAUGCGCAACGGCCGCCCGGGCUAAUGUAUCGCGGGGCGUCAAGCCUUGUCCUUUCGUUGAAACGGCCUGGAUGAAGCAUUGUUCUGCAAGUAUCAACCUCGCUGCUGCAUUCCGAUUGGGUUGGAUUCGCUACACUGCAGAUAUCCGCUGGGGUGCAUUCGAUGCGACCGGGCGCCUGCAGCAGGAGAACUUGUGUAUGACGUGACUAUGAAAGAUUAUCAUUGACGACAACGACAAUGUGAAGGUGAAUUUGAGCUACUGCGGUUUUGGCUUUUUUAAUCCCGAACUCGAGGAGUGGAUGAUGG